AUCACAUUAUCAUUUUUGCAGUUUUUCCAAUUUAAAUUCCCAUCCCGGAGUCAAUUUAGAAAUAACGACGGGACCAUCGAAGGAUCGGAGCCCGUAACACAAGCACCUCUUCUGCUUAUUUACUCCUCCAGUCGCAGGGGCAAAAAGUAACACUCAUGUCAUCUUCGUUCCCUUCUCCAACUCCUCCGGCCACCGGAGGUGUACCUACCUCCGUAAGAGGAAAAACAUCGCGUGGGUCGAGCAGUGUUUCACGAGACAGCUCAGCAAAAACGAUGGUCACAGAUCAAAUCUCGCAAGCGGUUCUCUCUACCUCAAAUCUCCUUCACAUCAUGCUUCAAUCGUCUCCAUCUCAGCAGGACAAACUUGUAAAGCUUCCUAAAAAUCUUUUGGCUAAAGCGUCUACAAUAAGGAACACUCAACAGGUGUUGGAGCAGAUGCCUUUGGUGAUUUCAUCCUUAGAUGCACACAUGGAUCAUGGGUUACAGAGUGUCCCUCAUCUUGAAACUGUAACACGGUUGCUAAGCAACAUAGAGAACAGCCAGCUCAAGCCUUUGACUUUGACUGAUGCUCCACUCUUGAGAGAGGAACCUAGAUCAGACACUGGCACAGCACCAGAGGCAACCCAAAUCACAUCACUUGACUAAUACUUUUGUAGAUAACAUGGUUUUUGCAACAAUAUAUAUAUAUAUAUAUAUAUAUAUAUAUAUAUAUAUAUAUAUAUAUAUAUAUAUAUAUAUAUAAAUGUCUGCUUAGUGUGUUCUUUGUGGUUGAUCAAUAAACUUUUGGUUAAUUGGUUUCUAAGGCAUUUAAUUUUAAUAUUUAAGAAACAUUAUGCCUUCUCUUACUCUGGUCUGACAGACAUAUCCUAAGACAUCUCACAUGAAUAAUGUUUAUGGUUGAUUUCUUAUAAUAAACCACACCAUUAAUUAAACUCUAGGUAGGAGUUUUUUUGUUAAACUCUACUUGAAACAGUUUUAGGAUUAUUAGCUUUUUGUUUAAAUUAAAAGUUAAAGCUCCUAUUGCUGAAUCAUAUUUUUUUUAAUCUAAAAGCUUCAAAAGCAUUGUCAACUCCUAAGAGAGUAUAAAAUUUCAAGUUAAUCAUAUCAUAUCAGAUUAUAUUAUAAAUGAAACAUUUUUCCAUUCAUCAAAUUCAUUUGAAAAUUCCAUUACAUUUUAAGUUAUUUCUAGUAAUAUUAAAAUUAGUUAAAUAAUAUUAAGUAUAUGCAAAAAGAACAUCAACCUAAACAUAAAAUUAUAAUUGUUUGGAAAAUCUAUUUGAUUCAUAAGCAUAAAAUGUAUACUCUAUUUAUAUUUUCUAAAUGAAUUCAUUUUAUAAAGAAUUUUUGAAUCGUGUGUGUCUAUAUAUAUAUAUAUAUAUAUAUAUAUAUAUAUAUAUAUAUAUAUAUAUAUAUAUAUAUAUAUAUAUAUAUAUAUAUACACACACACACACAAAUGAGAACCCCUAAAGUUUAAGAACCCUAAGAACCUCUAAACUUAAACUACAAAAUAAGAUGUGGGUUAUUUUUCUUGCAUCCAAACACUCCCAUUCACCUUCAAAAUCUCAAACACAAAUCCUCCAUUUAUCAUCAUCAACUACCACCAUUGCCGCCACUUACCGGUGCCACCGCCGUUGACCGAAAUUGGUUCCAGCCAUCGUCACCACCAUAUUCCAACAUCAUCUUUUUCUCCUUAUUUUUUUUGGUGAAACACCACCAGAUCUACAUCAGAUCUGGUGUGUUUGAUGCAUUUGAAGUCUAGAUUUACCCCACCACCACAUCAUAUUUACUUUACCACUGAUUUUCACUACCACUAAUGUUUAUAUUUGUGAGCUCUGAUGACACAUCUUCAUUUCGCCUCCAUCUUUUUUUCUCUCGAUCUCCAUGAAAGACCACCAGAUCUGUUCAGAUCUGGUCCACCAUCACCUCUACCAACAAUAAAGAUCUACGACUUUUGACGAGAUUGACGGUCUAGAUCUGAGAUCGAUGUCAACUGCCACCAUAACUACUGCCUUGCCGCUCCGGUGUAGCACCGCCAACUCAACUCCAUCUUUUUUUUCUCUGAUCUUUAGUGAAACAACACCAUAUUUACAUCAGAUCUGACUUGGAAGAAAUAAUGGCUACUAUGUUGAUACAGGUGGUUGGUGGCGGCAUGUGGUGGUAGAGGUUGAGUUUUUCGACUUCUUUGAAUUAGUGAAUUAUUGUAAAACAGUUUGUAUUAAGUUGUGAAUUUUUUACAUUAAAUUGUAAAUUGACUGUGUAAAUCUGUAUUUUAUAUAAGUUUUGUGUUAAAAUA